AUGGGCAUUAUGUGGCCCCUUUAAGCAUCUCACAAUUAACCACAGACUAGUCAGAGGUGGAGAAGUACAGUAUAUCUUAAUUUCUUUAACAAAUUAUCACCUGACAGGAAGGACAAGUUUUUCAGUGUGUGUAUAAAUAACAGCUACAUUUCUGAACUGCGUCACAACAGUUGGAGGGUGAGUGGACUCCUUGUGUGCCUUCUAGCUUUCAGAAAUCCAUGAUGCAGCAUCCAAUACAGCCCAGUGAUAGAUUGACCUUCAGUGACUUCACAGUUUUGGUUUUACAUCAUAUGAUUGUCUUUCUUGUCCUACAGUCAUGUGCAGGUCAACCUCAGGUGAUUGGUCCAUCUCAGCCAAUAGUGGCGACAGUUGGUGACGACAUCAUUUUGCCGUGUCACCUGAAACCUGCGAUCAAUGCUUUUGACUUGAGGCUGGAGUGGGUGAGACCUGACCUGAGCCCUGGGUUUGUCCAUGUGAGGGCGAACAGUCAAGAAUCUGUGGUUAAUAAACAGCCGUCCUACAGGGGAAGAACAUCACUGCUAACUGACAAAUUAAAGGAAGGAGACAUUUCACUGAGACUCUCUGAGGUGAAACCUUCUGAUGAGGGAACAUACAGAUGUCUUGCUCCCACACUGGGUCGGGCUGCUUUCAUCAAACUUAUCAUUGGUGCUGUCUCUUCACCUUUCAUAAAGGUGAUAAACAGAAACGGCACAAAUGUGGUGUUACAGUGUGAGUCUAAAGGCUGGUAUCCAGAGCCUGAGGUGUCUUGGUUGGAUGGUGAGGGAAACCUCCUCUCUGCUGGACCUACAAAGACAGUCAGAGGUCCUGAUGACCUCUAUACUGUCAGCAGCAGAGUGACUGUAGAGAAGAGGCACGACAACAACGUCACCUGUAGAGUCCAACAGAAGAACAUCAACCAGACCAGAGAGACACACAUUAUUGUUUCAGCCCUGCCUUGGCAUAUGAAAUGUAUCUUGGCUUUGAGCUUAGCUGGUGUCUUCAUAGUCAUCCUGUCGGUUGUGGGGAUCGAGAUUAAGUUUACUAGGUAUGAGUUCAAUCAAGAUUUAAAUGAGGUAACGACACAGAAGACAGAUGUGUUACUGGAGCAAGAAACAGCUGCUACAGAAAAACGCCCAGCAGAGGAUAAACUUCCUGCAUCAGCUCAGGAAGUUUAA